AUGAAACCAGUUAUUUUUAGUGGAAACGCACUGCUAGUGCUUCGACCAGAAGAGCUUGGAUUUUUGCGGUACUUACGAGCUGCUAAAGUAGUCCUCAAUGAAUUUGAGUUCUCAUGGUCAAAGAUCGCCAAUAUUCAAUCCCAACUAGAAAAUCUCAUAGAUAAGAACUACUAUUUAAAUAAAUCAGCUAAAGAAGCAUACAAAUGUUAUGUGAGAGCAUAUGAUUCACAUUCAUUGAAGGAUAUUUUUGAUGUGAACAAUUUGGACUUAGUGGCAGUAUGCAAAUCCUUUGGUUUUUCUGUGCCGCCAUUCGUAGAUCUGCCAAUAUCACACAAACCGAAGGUGCAAGUGAGGUCACAGUUAUCAGGAGCUGGAUAUCGAAAACGACCGAAAGCGUUCACAUUCAAACAAAAACCGAAGCAUUGA